UUGGUAAAACGAAAAUUCACCUCACUUGACAGCUGGACCAAAAUUUCAGUAUCAAAACACUGUCGGCAAAACAAAAUGUUUUUCAUUUGGAUUCGUGUUUGAAAGAAUUGUUUUGGAUUUUGAUUGGUUCUUCUAAAAUGUUUAAACCAUUUAAAAUAAUUGGAAUGGGGCAAUCAACGCUUAAUCAUUUCAAACGACUGGAAAGAAGAUGUUCACCACUAUUCAGAUGCAACAUAACAACGAAUCAGCAAAAUCAAUCCAAAGAGAAUGAAAAAUAUUUACCAAAGAAACGCAAGAUCUCAUUCUCGAACGUGCACAUGAAAGUUGCAUCGGAAAUACUUGGUGUUGAAAUCGAUUAUUUGCUGCAGAAGCAGCAAUUAGGACCGGAAAAUGUGAUCCAACUGAUUGAACCACCGAACGAACUGUACAAAGAUGUCUAUGAGAGACUAAAGGUCAUUUUAAGAACCCAUAGUUAUCCCCACGGACUAAGUUCAGAAAGCAACAAAACAACGUACGUCGACACCUUGCUAUUUACAAUAGUUGACCAUGUGAACAGAGAUUUGGAAACGCAUCCGAAAAUUUUGCUGGUGAAAGAGUAUGACAUCAAGAUGGUCUAUGACGGUGAUGUUUUGUUAGGCAGACUCGACUACGCUAUCGUUCAACUUUCCAGUCGAAAAGAGCAGGCCUGUUUAUUGAUUGUGGAGUGUAAAAAGGAAAAUGUUGAUGUGGCAGUCAAACAGUGUUUGCUUGCUCUAAAACAUAUUUAUUCCGGUCGCCCGGUAUACGGAUGCUGUACAACGGCAGAAGACUGGAAUUUCAUCAUGUUCAACGGUGACGAUUUUAAGAUAAUACACAAGAGGAAUGUCAUUUUUCCACACAUGGACGAGCAUGAGGAUCUUUGGAUGAAAAAUUGCACAUUAGUCAUACAAAUCAUCUACUCAUGUCUCAUCGAACAACUUAGGCAAUUUAAAAAUUAAAUUAUUUU